UUGAAUAUGAGGUCUUUCGAUAUAGUGCUAUUCUUGCAGCAAAACAAGUUUCUAAUGAUGCUCAUAAAACUCUUAUGGAACGGUUACCAACCCUUGAACAAUUAGAACAAGUAAUGAAUUCGGCUCAAGUAGAUAAUGAUGAUAAAUCAAUUAUCAAUCACCAAGAAAUUGCUAAAGAAUUGGAACCUUUAGUGAAAUAUAUUGAUUUCAUGAGAAUUGAUGGACAAAUAUUGGUUGAGAUUAUUGAACCAUUAGGAAUUAUUCCAGCAAAAAUAAUUUUGUUUGUUUAUCGAAAAAAAGUAAGAUUAACUAAAUCUGAAUUAAAUAAUACUCGAGGAAUACCCAUUCCAAUUUAUUCAAAAUAUGUUUGGGAUGAGUUAGAACGUGGAUCAAAUGUUCUUAUUAAAGAAAAUGGAAAAAUUGUAUGUUUAAAAAGUGCAACUGAUUCAUGGCGAAAUGUUAGAGCCAAAAUGAUACUAGAAGGUAAAGGAAUUUUUGAAUGGGAUUUUAUUAUGGAAAAAGCUUGUGUAAAUGCUUGGGUGGGAGUAUGUGCACCAGAAAAUUUAAGUUACGAAUUCUUUGCAGGAAAACAACUAACUGGAUGGGUAUUAGGUACCAAUGGAUAUUGUUAUAACUCUAAUAAAGGAUCAAGUUAUUGCCCACCAUUUGGAGAUGGUUCAAGAAUUACUGUUCAUUUGGAUAUGAAUAAAAGAACUUGUUCUUUUAUCGUUAACGGUACAAAAUAUCCGGAAGUGUCAGCAUGGAAUAAUUUACCAUCAAAGCUUUAUCCGGUAGCAUCUUUUAAUUAUCCUGCUCGACUUCGAAUUCAGCCCCAUCAGAAAAGU